CAAGCCCAAUAAAAAGGACAAAUGGCCCAAAAAUAUUCCUUGAAAACCCAACCGUGGCUACUCAAAACAGAAUUCCCAAAAACACUCCAACAGAAGUAGAGAGAGAGCUGAGAAGAAGUUGCCUUCGAAUCAUCAUCGGAAUCAAAGAUCACAAAGUGCUUUAUAUUUUUCCUUGCAAAUGGCUGGAUUUAGUAGCCUUGCACCUAAGAUGAAGAAUCUAGUUGUCGCCGGAAGCUUGACAGGAUUUGUCUUUAGUGUGUACUUCUACACCAUGAGAGCUGUUGCCAGUGGUGAUGAACUGCAGGUGGCUAUUGAUAAGUUUGAAGAGCAGAAAAGCAAGGAUGUGUCAACCGUGCCAUCAAAGGUUUAACUUAGUACCCAGUUUAGUAAUAAUGUAAUCAGGGGACACAGCUGAAUUUUAAUUCUGUGAUAGUGAGAGAGAUCAUCUGAGUUUAUUGUUUUAUCUUCAGACAUGGCACUAAAGGUUUAAUAAUAAAACCAGCUUUGUAAUAAUGUAAGCACGUACAAAGUUAAAUGUUUUUUGUGAAAGUGAGCAUGCUAUAGUUUUGUUCUUCAA